AUAGUAACGAACGAACAAAUCUUAACAAAAUGAAUUUUAUAUUGUUCGGUUUCUGUGGUUUCUUGCUUUUGAAUGUUGUGUUGGGACAGGGUUCGUUCGCUGGCAGUGAACUAGCCAAAAUUCAUCCAGACCAUCCAGGAAAAUGUUGGAUCGAAGAGACCCAAAUGAGCUACAGUCCUGGAGAGGCAUUCAUUGCAAAAACUGGUUGCCGUGAAGCCACAUGUACGAACUAUGAGAAUCGUUUGAUUUUACUGUACAGAGGAUGUCCUUCAACGCGUAACCAAUCCAAUUGCAAAUAUGUUGUCAAGAAUCCGGAUGCGGUAUUUCCAGCUUGUUGUCCCGAAAUUAUUUGUUAAUUUUGGGAUGCCUUAGGUUUUUGUGAAUGCUAAAAAUGU